GUGGCCUCUGUCGAUGAAAUGCCCGACAACACAUUUUCCUCGUUUACCGACCUCUAUCCUCCCGAUCCGACUGCCUUGACACUUUUCGAGAUUAUCGGGUUACGAGACGAUGCGUUCGACGACCAUCAGGCUAGCUGUUCGCUUCCAGACCUUGAGCCCACAGCUGUCGCCGACAACUCCUCCCUUCAACAAAGCGAAGACACCCCAAGCGAUCGAAGACACAGUGUUCCAGACUCGAAGACGAAGAAACCCAAACGCUACGGCUGCCCAGGCAACAAUUGGUUGUGUAAACCCGAGGAGCUGAGGGCCAGGCGAGCUUGGACUUCGUUCAAGAAGUUCAGCACCCAUUUGAUGAUUCAUCGAGAAGAGUUUGUAAUGUCCGGCGGUCUCAAAUGUCUCAGCUGUGAAGGGUCGCCGUCUUCUCCAGGGUCUGACUUCACCAACAUCGUAUUUCCACCGGGAGGACAAGAACUCGCGAAACACAUAUGGGAGAAGCAUAUGACUGUUCAGACCAGGGUGAUGGAGCAUUAGAGAACUACUGUGAGAGCGGAUGACGAACUUGGCGCUGGAGGGUCUUCCGUC